CUAGUCGACGUCCGCGGAUCGUGGCGGGCCGGAGGAGUCACGACGUCGUCUCGCGCGCGGCAUCGCGCUGAGGAGCGCUUGAUGUGCGCGACCUAACGGAACAGCGGAGCGGUGGUAAGCUGAGGAGGUGGAGGAGAAAGAAAGAAGAGAGGCGAGCUUCUCCGCGGGCACGCGAUCGAAAGUCGCACGGCGUCGACGACCGGGAUUUUCACUUGUGCUGCGCGCACGCGCAUGCGCACGCACGCGGCCACGAGUUUCACUUCUAACCUGAAUUCGACGCGGACGAGAGCGCGGACGCGCGCGCACGCGCGAGCAUCCGCGGCAUACCACAGCGACGAGGAGACGAGGAGGCGAGAUCGCCGCUACGGAGUGAGUUGACUUGCUUCGGGAGGUGCGUAUCGUCCGGCGAGAAUCCCCGGACUGCGGAGCUGCGACGAGCUGCGAGCGCGACGUCGUAGCCGACGGCUACGCGCCCUGGACGUAAUUUCGCGCACGCAGUGCGCACUCUUUUCCGGCUUCCAAUUAGGCCCGUGGCACGCAGGAAAAACGUGUUUGUCAUUGUCGUCGUCGCAGCGGCGGCAGCAGCAGCAGCAGCGGAGUGUGAUCGCGUAAAUCAGCUUACCGAGAGAGAGAGAGAGAGAGAGAGAGAGAGAGAGAGAAAGAGAGAGGGAGGGAGAGAGAGAAAAGCAGAGUCUUCUUCCAAUAACGGAACGUACUAUCCGACCAGCAGCAACCGACGAGUCGAGCGAGAUGUGGCCAAAGGACGUCGGCAUCCUGGCGCUGGAGGUGUACUUCCCCGCGCAGUACGUGGAACAGAGUGAACUGGAGGCCUACUACGGCGUGUCGGCCGGCAAGUACACGAUCGGCCUCGGCCAGGCGCGGAUGGGCUUCUGCAACGACCGCGAGGACAUCAACUCGCUGUGCCUGACGGUGACGCACCGGUUGAUGGAACGCUACAACGUACGGCCGCAGCAGAUCGGCCGCCUGGAGGUCGGCACCGAGACGAUCAUCGACAAGAGCAAGUCCGUCAAGUCCGUGCUGAUGCAGCUGUUCGAGCCGCACGGCUGCACCGACAUCGAGGGCGCGGACACGACCAACGCGUGCUACGGCGGCACCAACGCGCUCUUCAACGCCGUCGCCUGGGUGGAGAGCAGCGCGUGGGACGGCAGGUGGGCCUUGGUGGUCGCGGCCGACAGCGCGAUCUACGACGAGGGCAGCGCGAGGGCGACCGGCGGUGCCGGGGCGAUCGCGAUCCUGGUAGGUCCGGACGCGCCGUUGGUGUUCGACCGGGGCCUACGGGCGUCUUGCAUGCGACACUCCUACGACUUCUACAAGCCGAACCUGCGCUCCGAGUACCCGAUGGUGGACGGCAAGCUGUCGAUCCAGUGCUACCUCAGCGCCUUGGACAGUUGCUACCAAAAGUACCGCGAGAAGGUCGCCAAGCGAGACCCCGAGUCAAGCGAGACCGCGAGUCUCGCCGACUUCGACGCGGUCCUCUUCCACUCGCCGUACUGCAAGCUCGUGCAGAAGUCCUUCGCCAGGCUGGCCUUUAUAGACUUCCUCAACACGCCCAGGGAACGGUUGCCCGACGGCUACGGAGACGUCCAGACGUUCCACGCCAGCAAGCUCGAGGACACGUACUUCGACCGGGACAUCGAGAAGGCGUUCAUGGGCCUGAGCAAGCGCGACUUUGAGCGCAAGACUCAGCCGAGCCUGCUGAUCGCCAACCAGGUGGGCAACAUGUACACACCGUCGGUGUACUGCGGCCUGGUGUCGUCGCUGAUAUCCAAGCCGAUUGACGAGCUCGCCGGCAACAAGAUAGCCAUAUUCUCGUACGGUUCUGGCAUGUGCUCCAGCAUGUACUCGUUGACCGUGACCAAGGACACGCAAAAGGACUCGAGCCUAGCGAGGAUGAUCGCCGCUCUCUCCUACAUCAAGUCGCAGCUGCAGGCGCGGCAGCGCGUCUCACCGGCCGACUACACCAAGACCUUGGCGCUGAGGGAGCAGAAUUACCACGUCGUGCCAUUCGUGCCCGUGAGCAGCACCGACAACAUGUUCCCGGGCACAUAUUACCUCACGCAGGUGGACGAGAAGUACAGAAGGACUUACGCGAGAAUAUGAGAUCAGCUAUAUUAGUAGGCAACCAAGUUUAUUAAAUUAUUUGCGGCUCGCUUCCCGGUUUGCCCUUUCUUCCUUUUUCGCGCACGAAGCUAUGUAGGACAUGAAAGAGGUUCGUGGAAAGAGAGGGGAACAGAGAGAGAGAGAGAGAGAGAGAGCGAGAGCGAGCUGUAGCUCGACGUUGCAAUUUGUCUCGUCCUUACGCGAUGCGAUGCGAUAUAUGAUGUUGAGAGCGAGGAAGAAAGUUGACGUGUCGAGAUGCUCGAUACGGAGUCAACGGCCGAUUUUUAUUUAUCUGUCCUGACCUCUUUCCGAUAAUUAAUUGUAUAUUAAAAUUGUCCCGUUCUCUUCGCGAAGUCGGACCGAACUUGAUUACUUUCCAACAUCGGACUUUUCGAUGCGACUGCAUCGGCAGCGGUAAAUAUGAAUUAUGUAAAUUUCUCAGGAAGUACGAUUAAUUAAUUAAGUCAUUCGCGUUGUCGUCACCGCAAGAGUAUCGGGUUUGGUGAGAAGACGGUUCACGUAGACGCUCAUUCCGUCUCAUGCGUGAUUUUAAUGGCGAGUAUUUUUGAAAAGAGCAGAGAAUAGAGGAGAAUCUGGUUGUAGCGCACACCGUUAGUCUCUUCGCUUCGAUUUAUCGUAUCGUAUGUAACUCUUAACGCAAAAUUACGUGCACAUACACAUAUACCGUUCCUUACAACGUCAAUUGCAGAGACUUUUCAAUAUAUCUGUAAUCCACCGAAGCUUGUCUGAUUAAUUGUUGUAGCUUGUUGACACGUGCUUGUUGUAUACACAAUGUUAUUGUAACAACGACGUUUGCGCGUCGUGAACAAGUCUAAUUUAUCACGUAUUACGUUCAGAGAAAAGAGAGCACAUUCUCCGAGGUUCCCAAUGACGUCUUCUUAUCGCAAUGCUAUCGAAUUGGAACAUCAGAUAUGAAAGCGCCCAGCUUCUGUGUCUGGACAUCGACGAUACGAGGGCAAAAUGCACACGAUCUCUCUCUUGUCGCCCGUCACAUCUUUUGACAGAGUUCAUAGCGAAGGACCAGAAGCCUUAACGUGAAGACAGUGUAAAAACAGUGCCUUAAGUAUACAGACUAUUGUCAUAUACAAAAAAGAAAUUGGGUGGAGGAGAGGAGGGGAAAUAAUUAGAGAAAUUGGUUUGGGA